UUUGUGACAGAAAUGUUUGCACUUUUAAAUACUUAAUUUGGCUUUUCAGACGUUCAUCGCUCAAAACAAAUAAUCGCUUCUUACUGGACACGAAUAGCUGAAAACUUAAUUGCGCAAUCCUAAAUGUAUAACAGGAAGUGGAUUAAAAAAAACCGCAAGCGUUGCGUUUUUUUACAGUCUGGUUGAGCUGCGUGAUCAUCUAGCUCUGUUACUGUACAAAUCAUGACACAGAGAAGUCCAUCUAUUGUUGUUGUUGGUGCUGGUGUUGCUGGACUCGCCGCAGCCAAGAAGCUGAGAGAGAACGGGUUCGAUGACGUCACUGUGCUGGAAGCCUCCGAGAAGGUCGGAGGAAGAGUAGCUACUGCAACCAUAGGUAAUGUAUGUGUUGAUACUGGUGCGCAAUACAUCCAUGGGGCAUCAGAAAAAAAUCCCAUAUACAAUCUAUUUAAAAAGUCCGACCUCCUAACCCAGGUCCCUGAGGAUGGGUCAGAAGUAUUUUACAAUAACAAGGGACACAAAGUGGAUGCAGAGGGGGCCUCACGUGUGUAUGAAGCAGGGGAGGGCAUACUCCGACACCAGGGCUCCAGCACUGGGAAGAGUUUGGGUGAGCACUUUGCCGAAAGAAUCAAGGGUGUGAUUGACAGCGUGCAAGACAUUGACGCGAAGAUAAGAAAGAGUGUUCUUGCAUUGGCUGGGAAGGACAUGUUGAUUGACAUUGGUGCUUCAAACCUUCAUAGCGUAUCCCUUGACUCCUGGAAGUACUAUAUCAAUAUGGGCGAGAGUAUCAAUGUUCCGGGGUUAAUGUUUCGACUGGUCGACAUGCUGUCGGAGGACUUUCCUAAGGACCGUCUGCUGUUAAAAAAGGAAGUGUGUAAGAUCAAAUGGGACGGAUCCUUUUCUGCUAACACUGAGGCUGGAGAAAAUGUCCGCCGCUAUCCCAUUAGUGUUGUCUGCGCAAAUGGAGAAGAGUUUCUGGCUGAUCAUGUCAUAGUCACCGUUUCACUUGGGUUUCUAAAGGCACAAGCACCAUGCCUAUUCUGCCCCUGUCUCCCGGCUGAGAAAAUGGAGGUCAUCGACAAGCUGUGUUUUGGCAAUAUUGCCAAGAUCUUCCUGGAGUACGAGCAGGCCUUUUGGGACAGUGAUGUUGGUAGUAUUGGGCUCAUUUAUGAAGACGCCAUCCCCGCCUCAAUCUCCAUCAAUAAAACUCAGUGGCUCAAUAACGUGCAGAGCUUUUCUGUCAUGAGGCCUAAAGAAAAGUUUGGCAAUAUCUUGAUCGGUUGGUGUCCAGGAGAAGUUGCUGACCUGGUUGAAACCAUGUCAGAAGAGGAACUCUCAUCUGCUAUCACAGCACAUCUCAGAAUGUUCUUAGGAAGACCAGAUAUUCCUCUGCCAAAGUCUGUACUUUGCACGAAGUGGCGCAGCAACAAAUUCGUAAAGGGUACCUACAGUUACAUCCCUGUUGGUGUUGACGCACAAGUUAUGGACACGUUGGCACAACCGCUGAUGGGCUGCCAGCAUCCUGAUAAAGGUUUUCAGGUCAUGUUUGCAGGGGAGGCGACAAUGAAGUCUUUAUAUGGCACUGUGCAUGGAGCUGUGCUUUCUGGAGAAAGAGAAGCAGAUAGAUUGGUGGCACAUUAUAAAAAGUCUCCACCGGCAUCCACUGCUUCAUCGGACAAACAAGUUUAGUCAAUUAAUAGCUCAUUACAACAAUAUAUAUAAAUCUUUAUACAGUGUUAUGCAAAGUAUAAAGUGUUCUUAGAGGUGUUUUACACCUUUAAUGUAUUUUUUUUUUUUUUUUGGUGUUGUACGUCUUGUGUUUUUAUAAGUUUGCAAGAUUUGUACUUAGUUAAUGUGUGCCCCCUUGUGGCAACAUAUGAAAUUGUAUUUGAAAGUGGUUUGAGACGAGUGCAGAAAAAUAAUAAAAAUACAUUUAAAUUGA